AUGAGAACGAGAUUGACCAGACAGCCGUACCAUUUGCCGUUUCCUUCUAAGAAAAAGUCUGGCGAUGAAGCUAGUCCGACACCCCCAACGGCGUCGGGUGAAAGCUCAUCUGUAUCUGUGCAUCCUCCGCACCAACAUCAGGCAAAUGGCGACGACACAAAAAAUCUCGUGCGCUGUACGACGUCUCACCUGCCUCGUGACUCCAAUUCGACGGCCCAUGCUGCGCCUGCGCAUCGCGCGGCUGAACCGACGUCUCCUGCAUCCACUGUCUCCCCUACACAACAGCAAUGCAGUCAAGGCCCAAGUGCCACACAUUGUAGUCGCCCGAUUGCACAAUCCUAUGGCUCAAAUAUAUCCAGCGAUAUGGCUUCCCUACGGUCAAGUCCAACAGGCCACAGUCACACGUCUGUGGAAGAAUGUACCGAUACCAGCGAGACAGAAUCUGUCACGAGUGCCUUUUCGGCAGAGCCCUCUGAGACGCCUGGAUCUCUACCUCCACCAUUCUUGUAUCCAGUCCCUCAAGAUGCCAUCCCUCAUGUUACGAAUCCAGCAAGUGGAUAUGCCACUCCCCUCGUGCAGACAAGCCCCGCCCCUCAUAUCUCAUCAACUAGUUUUAUUAGUACCCCUCAUCUCCUUCGCAGUCCUGGGCCUCCAUUGUCAGUGUCCACUGCGGGUCUUCGAGUCUCACCACAUGCUAUGGGCAUGCAGCCAUCCGUGUCUCCUGCACAUGCAGGCCAUGUACGGCCCAAUUCUCAUGAAACGACCGCGCAAUCACAGCUAGCUCCGCAUGCAACUCCGCAAGAGACCUUUGUAUCGCCCUACUUAUCCCCGAUGCAUCAACAAAAAUUGGAGGAGUACCAUCAAACAUCCAUGCCCUCGCCCUUGACAUUGCAUUCGCCUCUGGAACAACAGCAACAGUCCUCGUCGUCGGCAUCAUUGCUGCUUCCACCAUCGUCCACGCGAGCCCAGCCGGCAAACCAAGACCAUGACGAAAUACCCCCGACCCCAACAGAAAUCAUGACGCGUCGCUCGUCAAAAAUGGGUGCACCCGCGUUGUGGAUGACAUCGCAGGCCCCCACCCCUAGUGGUUCUGCCACGCCCACUGUGGUGCGCUCGCAACUCGGCACACCAGGCUUUACACCAUCGCCAUCAAGCUGCUGGAAUGCCUUGGGCAUCGGCAGAGGUCGAUUGGGAACUUCGGCCAUGACACCGAUAGAAGCUCCAGCAUCGAACGACGUCCCGGUGUGCUCAGAGCCACUUGAGCACCAAACCCGCAAGGGCCUGGCGUCAGAACCUGAAAUGACCGAUGAAUCGCAAGUUUCGCAGCCUCUAUGGCAGCGCCGCCUGCAACGCAAUGAAAAGCCCUUUAUCAACUUGGCGCCUGUGACGACCGUAUCUAAUAAAGCAAAAGAAACAGAAGGUGAUUCAAGGGAGCUGGAUGACACAAAUAUCAUGCUUGCACAUGCUACCCAAGCGCUCAAUUGUUUGGUGCUCGAGCAGGAGCGCGCUCUUGUGGCAGAGGAAGGGCGACGGAACAUGUCAUUGCUCGAUGGGAACCGGCACAGCCUUGCGCUGAUGGGCAGCGAGCCACCGAAAGACGGCGAGGAGGAACUCCCGCCGUAUGAGUGCACCGUUCAUAUUGAAGGCUAUUUGCCAUGCAAGAUGGAGGUGCAUGGCUCUGGAGAUCCUAGCAAGAUGCAUGAUUGGAAAUCACUGUAUUUUGUACUACACGGCACAGCGCUCCAUUUGUACAAGAAGGAUAUAUCGCUCUUGUACAGCAAGCGAGUAAAUCUUAUCAACGUGUGGCAUGUUCAAGAUGGUGCGCUAGUACACACAGUACCAAUGAAUGAAGAGCCACAUGCGAAUGAGAUGCCAAGCGGACGGAACCUAAAGCAUGACGAAAAGGCGCACACGAAUCCACUGCCGUUGGAGGACCUUGUUCUGCGUGGCAUUGAGCUCGGCCGCUCGCUGGCACAUACAACCAGUGAUACCACGCAGACGCGAACGGAAAAUGUAGAAAAAGAGCUGGAUGAUGUCCAACGUGCACUGAAAAAUCACCAUGCCCACACUUAUUCGAUGGAGGGCGCUCAAUGCGGGUUCGCAGCCGAUUAUACGAAGCGGCCACAUGUGAUCCGCGUCAAAGUCGCAAGUGAUCAGUUUUUGAUCCAAACGCGUAAUAACUAUCAUUUGGUUGAUUGGAUCGAGGCCAUACAAGGCUCGAUCAAUGUAUCGACGGAUCUGGACCGGCGCACAAUGCCCAAGUUUGUCACGCUUCCACGCCGUCGACGUCGUCGCCGUGACAUGGAGGCUAUGGUGAUUCGCGACCAAAAUGCCGAGCAACACCGACGCCCGUCGAUACAAUCGCCCACAAGUAUUAGCGACUCUCACUUGAAUAGUUACGCACAAAAUUUGCAAGUGUGA